UUCUCACACAGUCCUCAGCUGCCACCACCCUGCUGCUGAGGAGCACACAGGUCCCUGUUUGAGCUUCAGCGCUAAGCCUCCUCUCUCCAUCAUACCUCAGAUUCCCCCGCCCCCUUUCUUUCUCAUUUGCUGGUUUCUCCCAGGAUUUCCACGAAAUCACUCACACCCAUCGCUAUUUCUCUCGAGCCCCAAUCCCCCACCUUCCCUCUCGUCCUUCUCCUGCCCUCCUCCUCCAUGCCUCCCUUGCUGCUUAACUAGAAACAAAAGUGAGUUUGUUUUGUGGGGAAGAGGAUACUGGAGGAGACCCACAGCCAGGGUAGCAGCCACAGAAGCAGGCUGGGGCCAGAGGCAGCACCAACCUCCGGAGACUCCAGCGCUCAGCUGUUCCAGGGAGCAGGGUCUCCAGCUGCUGAGCAGCUGCAGGACAUCCUGGGGGAGGAAGAUGAGGCUCCCAACCCCACCCUCUUCACAGAGAUGGACACUCUACAGCAUGAUGGGGACCAGAUGGAGUGGAAGGAGUCAGCCAGGUGGAUAAAAUUUGAAGAAAAGGUAGAGGAAGGAGGAGAACGAUGGAGCAAGCCCCAUGUGUCCACGCUGUCCCUGCACAGUCUCUUUGAGCUCCGCACCUGCCUGCAGACAGGGACAGUGCUACUGGAUCUGGACAGCUGCUCCCUACCACAGAUCAUAGAUGAUGUCAUUGAGAAGCAGAUAGAGGAUGGACUUCUGCGACCUGAGCUCCGGGAGAGGGUCAGCUACGUGCUCCUGAGGAAGCAUCGUCACCAAACCAAGAAGCCCAUCCACCGUUCCCUUGCAGACAUCGGGAAGUCGGUUUCCACGACGAACCGAAGCUCUGCCCGGAGCUCCUCAGCAGGCCCAACUCUGCACCGCUCCACUGAGGACCUGAGGAUUCGACAAAGCACCAGCUAUGGUCAUCUGUGUCAUGCCCAGAGUAGAAGCAUGAAUGACAUCUCUCAUACCCCAAACACAGACCAGCGGAAAAACAAAUUCAUGAAGAAGAUUCCCAAGGACUCAGAAGCUUCCAACGUGCUCGUGGGCGAGGUGGACUUCCUGGACCAGCCAUUCAUUGCAUUUGUUCGUCUUGUCCAGUCUGCCAUGCUGGGAGGGGUGACAGAGGUGCCUGUCCCCACCAGAUUUCUGUUCAUACUAUUAGGACCUUCCGGGAGAGCAAAGUCCUAUAAUGAGAUUGGCCGAGCCAUCGCAACCCUCAUGGUGGAUGAUCUAUUCAGCGAUGUGGCUUAUAAAGCUCGGAACCGAGAAGAUCUGAUCGCAGGGAUUGAUGAAUUUCUAGACGAGGUCAUUGUCCUUCCCCCUGGAGAGUGGGACCCAAACAUCAGAAUUGAGCCACCCAAGAAAGUUCCCUCAGCUGACAAGAGGAAAUCUGUGUUCUCUCUGGCAGAGCCGGGCCAGAUGAAUGGCUCUGUGGGCGGAGGCGGAGCCUCGGCUGGAGGAGGCGGCAGUGGCGGAGGGGCUGGAGGCAGCGGGGCUGGCGGAGUGGGCAGUGGCGACGAAGCUGAGAUGCCAGCUAUGCACGAAAUCGGGGAGGAGCUGAUCUGGACCGGAAGGUGCCCGCUCCACACCUGGCAGAGAGCCUGCUGUCCUGAACCCUUCCUUCUUCCGGUCCUGUUAGCGAUCCUCUCGCUGCUGUGUGCAGCGCCCCUUAGGGACGGGGAUCUGACCACUGCAGUCGUCCCGCACUCUAGUGAAUCGUGUGGCUCUGACAGAAUUGUGUGGGGUGAGAUGAACAGAAGGAUCCCACCCGUGAGGAAGGAACCGAAACAUUUCUCUAGGCAUUCUUUAGUAAUUGUAUCCUAUAGCGGCAGAAACAACGUAUCACAAGCAAGGUUCUUUGGAGGACUGUGUCUGGAUGUCAAGAGGAAGCUGCCCUGGUUCCCAAGCGACUUCUAUGAUGGCUUCCACCUCCAGUCCAUCUCUGCUGUUCUGUUCAUCUACCUCGGCUGUAUUACCAACGCGAUCACCUUUGGUGGGCUUCUGGGGGAUGCCACAGACAACUACCAGGGAGUAAUGGAGAGCUUCCUGGGCACUGCCAUGGCUGGCAGCUUGUUCUGCCUCUUCUCGGGGCAGCCUCUUAUCAUCCUCAGCAGCACAGGACCCAUCCUCAUCUUUGAGAAGCUCCUCUUUGACUUCAGCAAGGCCAAUGGCCUGGACUACAUGGAGUUCCGCCUCUGGAUUGGUCUUCACUCAGCCAUCCAGUGCCUUAUUCUGGUGGCCACAGAUGCCAGCUUUAUCAUCAAGUAUAUCACCCGCUUCACCGAAGAGGGCUUCUCCACCCUCAUCAGCUUCAUCUUCAUCUACGACGCCAUCAAAAAGAUGAUUGGUGCCUUCAAAUACUAUCCCAUUAACACGGACUUCAAGCCUGACUUCAUCACCACCUACAAAUGCGAGUGCGUCGCUCCUGACACAGACGGAGGCGGUAGGAGAGAAGGGUUCAUAGACGAAAACUGGACUUCAAGCCUAUCAGCAGCCUGGGCUGGGAUCAUGGCUCCAAGCAUAAGCUCUGAAACCUUAGUGAACACAACCACGGUCAAUGCCUCAGCCCCACUGGCACCAAACACCAACACGUCUCUGUACACCCCCCUUAACCUCACAGCGCUGGACUGGUCCCUGCUGAGCAAGAAGGAGUGCCUGAGCUACGGCGGGCGCCUGCUCGGGAGCUCCUGCCAGUUCGUCCCAGACCUGGCGCUCAUGUCCUUCAUCCUUUUCUUUGGGACUUACUCCAUGACCUUGACUCUGAAGAAAUUCAAGUUCAGCCGCUAUUUUCCCACCAAGGUCCGGACCCUGGUGGCUGACUUCUCCAUUGUAUUCUCCAUCCUGCUUUUCUGUGGAAUCGAUGCCUGUUUUGGCCUGCAGACCCCAAAGCUGCACGUGCCUAGUGUCAUUAAGCCCACAAGGCCCGACCGAGGCUGGUUCGUUGCCCCCUUUGGGAAGAACCCUUGGUGGGUGUACCCUGCCAGCAUCCUGCCGGCCCUGCUGGUGACCAUCCUGAUCUUCAUGGACCAGCAGAUCACCGCAGUCAUUGUCAACCGGAAGGAGAACAAGCUGAGGAAGGCCGCUGGCUACCAUCUGGACCUGUUCUGGGUAGGCAUCCUCAUGGCUCUGUGCUCCUUCACCGGGCUCCCCUGGUACGUGGCUGCCACGGUCAUCUCCAUCGCCCACAUCGACAGCCUCAAGAUGGAGACGGAGACCAGUGCCCCGGGGGAACAGCCCCAGUUCCUGGGGGUCAGGGAGCAGAGAGUUACUGGAGUCAUGGUCUUCAUCCUGACAGGCAUCUCCGUCUUCCUGGCUCCUAUCCUGAAGUACAUCCCCAUGCCAGUGCUCUAUGGAGUCUUCCUCUACAUGGGUGUGGCCUCCCUGAAUGGCAUCCAGUUCUGGGAACGCUGUAAGCUUUUCCUCAUGCCAGCCAAGCACCAGCCGGACCACGCUUUCCUGCGCCACGUGCCCCUUCGCCGCAUUCACCUGUUCACCCUGGUGCAGAUCCUCUGCCUGGCCCUGCUCUGGAUCCUUAAGUCAACCAUGGCUGCCAUCAUCUUCCCGGUCAUGAUCCUGGGCCUUAUCAUUGUUCGAAGGCUCCUGGACUUGAUUUUCUCCCAGCAUGACCUGGCCUGGAUUGACAAUAUCCUCCCAGAGAAGGACAAAAAGGAGACAGACAAGAAGAAGAAGAGAAGGAAAGAGGUCCAUGAGACGGCAGAGAAGGAGGUGGCAAUGCCCCAGUUCCUUCCUCCCUCAGUUGUAAAGAUCCCCAUGGAAGGUAUCCCAUCUGAUCCCCAAAACGGUAUCCACUGUGUUGCCAAUGAUGAGGAUGCUGUGCCCGGGAGAAAUAAAAAGAACUGGCCAAGAGCAUGGGAACGCCACCAUGUGCAGACACCCCUUUCCCGAAAAAGAUCUUCCAGUUGGAGUUACUCUCUCUGACUCCUCCAUCAGUGGCUCAGAACUGGAUCGAAGCAUCACCCUGCAUUUCAAAAUCUCUUGCCCGGCUUCACCUGCUUUCAGCUACUCACGGAGUCCGGUCUUCAUGGUGCCGCAGGUGAGGAUAGAGAUGGAAUCUGAGCUCAACCUCACAGACGACGACGAGGAGGACUAUGGGAGAGAGGUGGGCGGGGAGACCACCCUCUAGUCCAGCGCUGCUCUUCCAGACUGGGGGCAGGGGAAAGCCUGGCUGGCUUCAUCUAGAGGGUGUCAAGCCUUACACCUGCUUCCUUACCCACCGACCAGAGAGACAACUGGAGGCCUUUCAGGGACCUCCGACAUAGACACAGCGCUCCCCCCUUCCCCUUGCAGUUCUGAAAAUACCGAAAACAUACAGCUUAAAAUGCCACCCACCAUAGAUAUAACCUUUCUCGUGAAAAGAAUAAAAAUGUUUUCCAAAGUUACAAAUAAGGCAAGUGGCCAGUGGUGGACUUACAUUUAAAAUAUAAACUGAUUUAGUCUUCUCUAUGUAAGACAAAUGCCAGUUUAGUAUCUUUCAAAGGUUUGAUUGAUGUCUAAGUGACUUGAUGGUAUUGAAGGUCUGAAUGAGUCCUGCAGGUUUGCACGGUAGGACAUGGCUUUCACCUCCUUCUCCUUGAAGUCCUCUGUUCAGUGGGCUUGGCUUUUUAAGUGUGGCUGGGCCUUCCACACACUGAAUAGCCAGCUCUAAAAUUAUUGCUGUUAGAAUCUGUGUAUUAGUGGAUUGUUUUUGAGAUGGGUUCUCACUGUGUACCCUCAGCUUUCCUGGAAAGCCAGCUAGCCUCAGAAUUCAGAGACCCACCUGUCUCUGAGAUUAAAGGCAUGUGCCGCCACAUCUGGCUCUGAGUGGAUUGUUUUUAAGGCAAAAUAGUGCCCAUUAGCUGAACUCUUAAGUCACAUUAGGUCAACCAAAUGACCCUUUAAGUUUGUCACUGGCUUCAUAACCUGGAGUCCAUCUACUUGAUGAUGUAUUUGAGUAGGUCCUCUCUCUCCCUGCACAAUUUUGCAAUAGCUAAAGCCCAAAUUUCCAAUCUCAAGAACAUUGCAUGCUAGGCAGCUAAUGUUUGUAAUCAAAGGAGUACUUUAUACCAGUGGUUGGAAGAGGCACCAUUCCCAGCUGGGGUAAGACUGCCAGCUCUUCACUGAUCCAAACCCUUUCCAACACAAAACUGUUCAUCUUCCUCUGCACCAAUCCUGGGAGAACUAACGGCAUCCACAUUUCAAUCUCACUGAUCUGUAGUAGCACUCUCUCCAGAUGAUUAAACUGUAGCAUCGUUACGGACUCACUCUCUCCAGAUUAAACUGUAGCAUCGUUACGGACUCACUCUCUCCAGAUUAAACUGUAGCAUCGUUACGGACUCACUCUCUCCAGAUUAAACUGUAGCAUCGUUACGGACUCGGAGAGAAGCGUGCUUCCAGUAACCAAAUGAGCUGGAGAACCAGUUAGCUUUUAAAAGGCUGAUCAUUCUGUCUCAGUUUUACCUUAAAUACCGUUUAUAUUUUGUGUACACGUGAACACUUUCACUGGUGUAUUACCCUUCCAUUCACUUAGGAGUUUCUUUCAUCUCUAAUGUAAACUGCUCUUCAAUAAAGCCUCAAUCGUGUCUGCUUACCUUA